UGCGCGCACGCCUAGGGGCGCUUCCGGCACGCCUGGCGGUACUACUGGUUUCCCGGUCCUCAGGGCCUCUGAGCGAGGGACUCUGCAGCAUCCCCUCCCCGCGCCGCCGCGAGCUCCCCGGGGGUAUGAGGGCAGCGCGGGACACUUUGGAGGCGGGCCCGAGGCUGCUUGUGUGUCCCCGCCUUUCCUGUCCGGUCCCCGGGAAGUGGCACUGAAAAAGGGUGGGAAAAGGGAGUAGGAAAAAAGAUCCGGUCAGAUUGCUGUGCAGAUACAGUGAGGUUAAUCCCUGUGAGCACGUAGAAAAAAAAGAAGAAAGAAAGAAAGAAAAUGAAGUUAAAGCUUAAAGAACUAGAGAGUCGUCUGCAACAAGUGGAUGGAUUCGAAAAACCCAAGCUACGUCUAGAACAGUAUCCGACCCGGCCGCACAUUGCAGCUUGUAUGCUGUAUACAAUCCAUAACACAUAUGAUGACAUUGAAAAUAAAGUGGUUGCAGAUCUAGGAUGUGGUUGUGGAAUGCUUAGCAUUGGAACUGCAAUGUUAGGAGCAGGACUGUGUGUUGGAUUCGACAUAGAUGAAGAUGCACUCGAAAUAUUUAACAGGAAUGUGGAAGAGUUUGAAUUAACGAAUGUUGAUAUGGUUCAGUGUGAUGUAUGCUCAUUAUCUAACAGAAUGGCCAAGUCAUUUGAUACAGUGAUUAUGAAUCCUCCCUUUGGAACCAAAAAUAAUAAAGGGAUAGAUAUGACUUUUCUUAAGACUGCUUUGGAAAUGGCAAGAACAGCAGUGUAUUCUUUACAUAAAUCCUCCACUAGAGAACAUGUUCAGAAAAAAGCUGCAGAAUGGAAAAUCAAGAUAGAUAUUAUCGCAGAGCUUCGAUAUGACCUGCCAGCAUUAUAUAACUUUCAUAAAAAGAAAUCAGUGGACAUUGAAGUGGAUCUAAUUCGGUUUUCUUUUUAAAAGCUUCCAAAGACAAAAAGCAGCUUAAAACCUAAGAUGAAUAAAAAAUAUUGUUUACUAAA